CACCCAUUACCCAGAUUGCUGUUAGGUCAGCGAGAGAAAAAAACAUGGCCGAGUUUCGAGUGAGUUUGUGCUGAGAAUAUUAUCCAAGUCAAAUUACUAGAAACGAUUAUUUACCUUGAAUACCAAGCUAGAAUUAUACCCGCAGGGCCUUAAAUGAGCAUAUAUAUCAGUAUGGACUCCCUCAAAGGCUUAUUAAACCUGGUAGGCCUUCGUUUUGUAUUUGUAGCUCUAUCAAAAAUAUGGACGCUUGUUCUCUACGUUCUACGAAGCAAUCUCAAAAUGGUAAUUCAGCAUAAGACUAUCAAGUAUGAUAUAUAUCCAUUAUCACCAUUAUCUAUAGAACGACUUAAACUUGUAAAGAAAAAGACAUUGGUUCUAGAUUUGGAUGAAACUUUAGUUCACACACAUCAUGAUGGUGUCGCAAGACAAACAGUCAGACYAGGCACUCAUCCAGAUUUUACCAUGAGGCUUUCAAUAGAUAGACAUCCUGUUAUGUUUUCAGUUUACAAAAGACCACAUGUUGAUUUUUUUCUUGACUGUGUCAGUCAGUGGUACAACUUAGUUGUUUUUACAGCCAGUACAGAACAAUAUGGAUCAGCAGUAACAGAUCAUUUAGAUAACAAUAGGGGUAUUUUGACAAGAAGAUACUUUAGACAGCAUUGCAGUACACAUUUAUUACAACAUGGGUUUGGUUGUUAUGUCAAAGAUUUAUCUAAAGUAUGUGAUGAUCUUUCAUCAGUAUUUAUACUUGAUAACUCUCCUGAAGCUUACACCUAUAACCUUGAUAAUGCUAUUGCAAUAAAAUCCUGGUUUGCAGACCCAUCGGACACAGCACUUUUGAAUCUUUUACCCAUGCUGGAUGCGUUACGGUUUGUUUCAGAUGUGCGUUCAAUAUUAGGACGUAGAAUACAUACAUAUACCAAACAAUAACCUUGAUAAAUAGAGGCAGAGUAAUUAAACAUGUUAUUGAGUUCUAAAAAAAUUGGCUUGUAUAAUAGUUUUUUCUUUUGUAAAAUCUGGGAAGAAUUUUUUCCCUGCGAACUACGAGUCUAUAUUGUACUGUAAUUAGGAAAAUUUGUGUCUUUUAUGGAGGACUCUUAUGAGGCAAACUUUAGAAAUAGAAACAGAAUUUAUAAGAAAAACUAGAUGACAAUGAUGACAAGAUGUCAUCGAAACGUAGUAAUUUUUUGUCACUAGUUUUUCUUAUAAAUUUUAUGGAGGCAAAAGAAAACAUUUUGUGAAAAUAGUGUAUGGAUGGCCUUGUUGCAUAAAGUAUGAUAAAGCGUUUCAAAUUUCUAAGACCACACAUAACAUUACUACAGAUUUUGGUCUAUUUUCUGGUGUACUCUUGGUGUCUGACCAUCGAACUUGCAAUAGUCUGAGGUCAUAAUAAUUAGAUUGAUUGACCAGAUUACGCAAAAAUUCGAGAAUGGUCUGUUUUCUUGCAAUCACCACAAACGUUUGCAGAAUGAAAGAAUGUUUAGUCUUCUAACCAAACACCUCAAAGUUGUUUUAGAAAAUGAGGCUGUGCCUUGUUUUCUCUUUUGUCAACUUUCUUCUCCGUGUUUGGAUAUUGGAUUAAAUACCAUAUAAAGAAAGUAUGCCAACCUGUUGUAUUGAUGGUUUUCACGGUGGCCAUGUUGGAGGARUUUGACAAAAGAAUUGWCAAUGAAUUCUUUUGUURUAUCCUCCAACAUGGCCGCCGUGUCUCUUGUUAUUUAAUUCUCUUGGGAAUGGUUGAAAACCAUCAAUUGGGGUCUCAAAUCUACCAUGUCAAAUCAGAAACUUAUUAGUUGUUACUUUAUGAGAGCUAAUCUACUGUAUGGUUAAAUACUAGAUUUGUUUGUACUUAAGGUAUGGUGCGUGCCAUGUAUCCAUGAAACGAAACAAAGAUGUAUUGUCAAACUGCA